UUACUAAUCAACCCGUGUUGCAUGGUCCGAAUUUGGACGCGUUCGAACUCCUGAUUCACGAUUGUCGAGAUGAGCUCGCUAUAUCGUUCUGCAAUCAGUGCCCGAAUAGCAAAGUUACCGCAGCUACCACCAAACGAUGAGGAUGAUGAUGAACAAUCUGAGAUUGCUGAUGGAAUCGGCGAACUCUCGACUGGCAUGGGGCCACCUCCACUCACGUCUACCCGAAAGCCAAAGUCACCAAAUCCUGAAUUCAAUCCAUUAAGUCCUGCUUCAUACUUUUCUCAGGCAUUGCAGAUAUCGCUCCCUACCCGAGCCCUUGACGUUCGGGUAUAUUACACUCCUCCGAAGUACGACGGCGGGGGUGUUAUUGUAUUCCACCACGGUGCAGGAUAUGCAGGUACAAGCUUUGCAUGUCUCGCUAAAGAGAUAAGUGAGGUCAUGAGGGACAAUGUCGGUGUCCUGGCCUUUGAUGCCAGGAGACAUGGAAAGACAACAUCAUCUCAGUCUGAUGAAGACCUAUCUAUCAAUGUCCUUGUUGAGGAUUUCUGUGCUCUGCUACAAACGGUUUAUCCUGAUGUAGCAGCAGCUCCAAAUUUAAUGCUUGUUGGACACAGCAUGGGAGGAUCUGUCUGCGUUCGCGCUUGUCCCAUACUUCAACAACACAAAUUUAAUAUCGCAGGAGUGGCCGUUUUGGAUGUAGUAGAAGGUACAGCAGUAGAAGCGCUGCCUCACAUGCACGCGAUUCUCAAUUCUCGACCCGAGGGUUUCGAUAGCGUUGAGGAAGCAAUCGAGUGGCACGUCAAUACGGGCCUUAUCCAUAACCCCGUUUCUGCUCGUGUUUCAAUCCCAUCUAUCAUUGUUCCUGCAGAUUCUCCUCUUACGCCCAGCACGCGCGCAAAUAUUGGAUUCAAAUACAAGUGGCGUACACCACUCCGGUCGACGGCGCCAUACUGGGAUAGCUGGUUCCCGUCGCUUUCAUCUUUAUUCCUCGGGCUCCGCUCCGCACGGCUCUUAGUAUUAGCAGGUGCAGAGCGCCUUGAUACGACACUUAUGGUCGGUCAAAUGCAGGGCAAAUUCUGGCUCGAAGUCAUGGCUGGUUCGGGUGUGGGACAUCUCGUGCACGAGGACAAUCCGACGAAGCUAGCGGAAAUUCUGGCAGAUUUCUGGAGGCGCAAUGAACGCAUUGUGGUUCGAGGUAAUAUUAUCAAGACGGUCGGGGAGGUUUAGAGGAGUUAGAUAUGUCGAUGUAUAUAUGAUUGUGCGCUUUUUCUCAUAGUUUGCUCCAAGGUCGUUGCGCGCAACAACUCGAAUCACAGUCUCGGUCCGAGACACGAAUAGUAUGAACUUUGAAGUAUGAUAAAUUGGUCACUGGUCCUGGAGGUUAUUACACAGUAGUUCAAAUUUUAAACCGCCCGACUCCUGACGACAGCUUGAUCCAUGACGUCUGUUACUGGACCGGUCUGUGUCAUAUUUUUGUCCAAGUUUCUUCUCCAUAAAGGGCAGAAGUCUGCCCUGGUGAGGCUUACCCCCACCAGUCCGCCGUUGCCACCAUCAAAUGCAAGUGGGGGAUCAUUCUCAACACGCACAUGUGAUGUGCUACAGCAUAUAUGGCAUGUUGGUCAUGAU